AUUCGAACUAAAUAUUCCAAUAUGAUUGUUUUCUUUAUUUAAUUUAGUUCAAGAUCGAAUUGAAACUCAAUGGCCAAUUUAUACAGCAUUUUAUUAUCUUCAAUUACUUGAAAUCUAUUUUGAAAAUAUAGCUGAACGACAACUACUAUUUGAUUUUAUUUCUAUUUAUUUAUUAACAUUACAUGAUAAAGAAACUAAACCAAUUAAUCCACCGAUACUUUCAUCAUCAUCAUCAUCAUCAUCAACUUCAUCCGAUGAUGACAAUUGA